GCUCAGUCCCCUUCACGUCAGUGGGAGUAGUCAACCCUUCAGGUUCAGCGCAGCCAAAUCUUGCCAGUGUUUUUGGUAGCGCUCUGCUGGCUCCUCGCCCGCCUGCCCGCCGCCCCAUCAUGGCAGCACCACCCACGGCUUCAGAGGCCUCAGGAGGACUUCGAGAGGCCAUGAGCUGCGAUGUGUGCUCGGAUGUAUACGAACAAGUCCAACGCACACCACUGGUGCUGCCCUGUGGCCAUACCUUCUGCCGGGCGUGUCUCACCGACAUCAGAAAGUCAGGCCGCUUCCAAUGCCCCACCUGCAGGGCGGGACACAACAACCUGCAGGUGGAGGCGCUCACAGUCAACUACUCGCUGCUCAACAUUUUGCCUCUUUGCAACCAGUUUGAGUGUGACAAGUGUGCCACUCAUGGAGACGACCUCCGGUACUGGUGUGCCAACUGUGACUUGCCGCUGUGCAGCAUCUGCCUCUACUCGGGCCACCCUCAGGGCCACACUGUCAAACUGGCACUGACCUUUGUUACAGAGAAAAAACAAACUCUUGUCGACAAAAUCAAUUUGAUCUUCAGGAACAUUGAAAGCCAUAAAAAAGGGUUUAAAGCAGAUUUCAAUGUCUUAGACAAGCGAGUAAAAAAACUUCUUCACAGGAAUGCCUGCUUACAAAAUAUUGAGGGAGCUCUUCAAGACCUGCUGGCUGAUGUCAAGAAGGCGAACAACAUUACUUCAGUACUGUACUUUGAAAAGUCGGUUGAAGGCUUCCACGAAAAGAAAAGAAUUUCUCUGGUGGGAAGGAAGCACAUUCUGGUAAGAGUAAAAAUUCAGAAGCUGUACUCAAUAAGUCUAGUAGUAAAGAGACUGAAGCAGCUGAGGCUGAGGCUGUAGAGGGUGCCAUAGCUUGUCAGCAGCAGCAGCAGCAGCAGCAGCAGCAGCAGCAGCAGCAGCAGGAGCAGCAGUCAUCAAGCCAACCAAAAGUCGAGGCAGUAGAGGAGUCACAAGAACUAACAGAUGAAGCACAAGA